GCGGAGCAAGUUACAUCGCCCCGUGUGUGGCACGUGCCUCUCGAGACACUCACCGGUGGUUAACGGUAAAGCGGCGGCAACGUCUCUCAGUCUGGAGGUCACUCUACGCUCCCCUGCAGCCUCCCCGCGGUGCCUAUUGUUGAAAUACAGUCAUCGUCGUGGUCCUUAACGUCAUUCAACGCAGCAGAGAACUGCGGUCAGGGGAACACACCGCCUCCGAUUCCACUCCUGUGAUGCCUGAUCGAUGCUCCGGUAGUCUGUAGAUCGGUGUGUCGUCGUCAGUUUGAGGCAGGGGUCUCGUGUUGACAGUGGUCUGACGGCUGCAGGGGUCUCGUGUUGUCAAGGGUCUGACGGCUGCAAGGGUCUCGUCUCGUCUCGUGCUCUGGCGGCAGGCAGGUGUCCCGAUGCGGAGUCCAAGCGGCGUACAACGGAUGGAAAGGGUUCCGCUACCGCUCAUCUCACCGUCACCGGGGAAUCCUGUUUCUUUUGGAAAGGCGUUUGCGUUGAAAGGUUCGACUCACGGUCAGCUGUGAGUAAGAGGAUCAGCAGUCAAUCCUGAGGAACUUCCAGGAGACAAUCCAUUCUUCAAUUCCUCGCCUAUUUCGAGGGACUUUUGGAUUGUCUUUGCUUUGCGUUGUGAGAUUCGUUUUCCACACGGACGAAGGACCCCGUUAAUGUCCGCGAGUCAACAGGGGGGCAGCUGAUAACCCGCGAGCCUUCCCGCCUACAUCCACCUGCUAAAUACCCACUGUCCGCGGGUCUCAACGACAGACAGCCAGACUUUAAGAAUCAGCGAAAACGUCAUCGGAUUCUGCCGGACGUCUGUGCGUGUGUCUGUGUGAGUGUGUGGAUGUGUGUGUGCUCAGGUCGAGGAGGUCCUGUUUGUGUGUGAGUGCUUUGAGGGGUAUUUCGGAGGAGGCUGGGCAUGCCUCGGACGGGGAUGUGUGAUCUGUUGAGCUGAAGACAGUGAGGGACCCAGAGCAUCACCACCAUGGGGCUGGGCCAGUCCAGCAAGACCCCCGUCGAGGACGAGUCUAACGACAUAAAUUUCGACCACUUCCAGAUUCUGAGGGCUAUCGGUAAAGGAAGCUUUGGAAAAGUGUGCAUUGUGCAGAAGAAGGACACCAAAAAGAUGUACGCCAUGAAGUACAUGAACAAGCUGAAGUGUGUUGAGAGGAACGAAGUGAGGAAUGUCCUCAAAGAGCUGCAGAUCAUGAAGAACCUUGAGCACCCCUUCCUCGUCAACUUCUGGUACUCCUUCCAGGACGAGGAGGACAUGUUCAUGGUGGUGGACCUGCUGCUGGGCGGAGACCUGCGCUACCACCUCCAGCAGAACGUGCACUUCUCCGAGAAGACGGUGAAGCUGUACAUCAGCGAGCUGGCCCUGGCGCUGGGCUACCUGCGCACCAAGCGCAUCAUACACAGAGACAUCAAGCCAGACAACAUCUUGUUGGAUGAACACGGUCACGUCCACCUGACCGACUUCAACAUCGCGGCCAUCGUGAAGGAGGACCUGAAGGCCACCUCCAUAGCAGGAACCAAGCCCUACAUGGCUCCGGAGCUGUUCCAGCCCUCGGAGGGCAGCCACCCCGGCUACUCGUUCUACGUGGACUGGUGGUCUCUGGGCAUCACCGCCUACGAGCUCCUCAGGGGACAGAGGCCCUUUAUAAUGAGGUCCAGCACGCCAGCCAAUGAGAUCCUUCAGACCUUCCAUAAGGUGCACCCCACCUACCCCCUCGCCUGGUCUCUGGAGAUUAAGUCUCUUCUGAGAAAGUUGGUGUGCAUAGACGUGGAGCAGCGCAUCUCCUGCCUGGCGGAGCUGCAGGACCUGGACUACAUGUCGGACGUCAACUGGGACGCUGUGCUCAGCAAACAGCUGCCUCCAGGCUUCAUUCCCAACCGGAGGCGGCUGAACUGCGAUCCGACCUUUGAGCUGGAGGAGAUGAUCCUCGAGUCCAAACCAUUGCACAAGAAGAAGAAGCGGCUCGCCAAGAAGACCAAAGACCAGGGCUCCGACGGCUCCCCGCAGAAUGGCCAGCUGCAGCUGCGUCUGGAUAACGUCCAGAGAGACUUCAUCGUCUUCAACAGAGAAAAGUCAAAGAGAGUGGCAGUGGACUCCGAGUCCUCUGUUCUGUCCACGGCAGAGAGGAACAAGGCCAUAGAAGACGGGCAGAACAACAACGUGGAGCCCGCCGCCUACACAUCAGGAUAGAUCGCCUCAAGGACCCUCAAGACCCCCCGCCACCCACGCCUCAAAGCUCACCUGCACUGCAAUCAACACAGCUUUGUAGAUCAGCACUUUUACGCCUCGUUCAAUGUUCCACUCCAACCCUAACUCUCUCACACACACACACACACACACACACACACACACACACACACACAGAACACGCACACAAGCACUCACAUGCCAUUAAAUACAGCAAGACACUGUGAACUUAUAUAUGUAUACAUACUCGCAUGCACAAGCACACGCAAUACAAAACCCUCCAAUAGAGCUGCAGAAACACUGACAUAGAUUUUACAGAAAUACUGACAUGGACUCUACUCAAACACUGACUUGGACCCAAAAGGAAAACCAACAUGGACUCUACUGAAACACUGACAUGGACCCAAAAGGAAAACCAACACGGACUCUACUGAAACAAUGACACGGACUCUACUGAAACACUGACAUGGACUCUACUGAAACACUGACAUGAACUCUACUGGAACACUGACAUGGAUUCUACUUAAACACUGACAUGGACUCUAUUGAAACACUGACAUGGAUUUGAAAGAAACACUGACAUGGACUCUACUGAAACACUGUCAUGGACUAUAGAGGAACACUGACAUGGACUCUACUGAAACACUGUCAUGGACUAUACAGGAACACUGACAUGGACUCUACUGAAACAAUGACAUGGGCUCUACUGAAACACUGACAUGGACUCUACUGAAACAAUGACAUGGGCUCUACUGAAAUACUGACAUGGAAUCUGCUGAAACAAGAACCUGGAUUCUGCAGAAACUGUGACAUGGACCCUUUGGAGGGCAGACAUCACAGCACGAGCCCCCCCCCCCCAGCCCCACAGCUUCCCUUUAAACCCGUCCCUCACCUCCCCGUCCCUCAGCUCCCCUCCCCUCCCCUCCCUUCCCCUCCCCCUCUUUGGCGGCUGUGCGGGGAAGAACCGGGAGCCCGAUGACGACGGGCCUUCUCAGGUCCUAAGAAGAGGAGUGCGGGUGACCAACAGAAGAACUCGAUGCUGAUUGGUUUCCAGGUGGACAUGCAUGCCUGCCAGUUGACUCAGACUGACACUGCAGUGCGCGAAUGAUGGGAGCUUUUAGAAAUGGCCAAAAAACGGGGUGGGGGGUGGAUGGUCAAACACGGGUGUGUCUAGGCUAUUUGAGAUUAAAAUAAAAAUACAACAGGAAAGCAUAACCAUAUAAAGAAAACAAUUAAAUGAGGCCUUCUGUGAGGGUUUUUUUUUAUAAAAAAAAAGGAAUUUGUCUAAUGUUAGACUGAAGCAGAAAUAUCUCAAUUUAUAAAUGCAUUGGAAACAGAAAUGGGGGGGGGGGGGGGGGGGGGGCUGGUCAUCAUAGAGAGCUUUGCACGUCAAGCUAAAAGGAUAGAAUGGCAAUAUUUCAUAGGCAAACUGUUUCUCCAAAUGGG